AUGGAGUCCUCGGCAGAGCUCGUACCAGACCCCAGGAUCCCACCUGAGCUGAUCGAGCUGCUGAUUAACAAUUUCAGCGUCCCCCUGGCCUGCGUCUCCCAGCCGCCCACCUCGCUGCAGCUGCUGAACCAGCUGAACCCCGUCGAGCUCUCCAUCCAGGCCCUCAUGACCUUCCUGACGCUGGUGUCGGUCGCCAUCUUCCUCGAGGAAGCCAUCUACCUGUCAAAGAAGAUCCGCUGCCAGGUGAAGAUGAAAACCCUCAUCUGGAGCAGCUCGGCCCCCACGAUGGUUUCUGUGUUCUGCUGCUUUGGGCUCUGGAUCCCACGCUCCAUGAUGGUGGUGGAGAUGGCUAUUGGCAUGUACUUCAGUAUGUGCUUCUACCUCCUCAUGCUGAUCAUGGUGGAAGGCUUCGGCGGGAAGGAGGCCCUGCUCAAAGCCCUGAGGGACACGCCCAUGGUGAUCAGCACAGGUCCCUGCUGCUGCUGCUGCCCCUGCUGCCCGCGCAUCACCAUGACCAAGAGAAAACUUAAACUCUUUCUUCUGGGCACUUUCCAAUUCACCUUCUUCAAGACAGCCUGUGUCUUUGUUGGGCUGGCCCUGGCUGCAGAUGGAAACUACGAUCCGGCUGAUAUCUCCGCUGCGAGCGUGGCACUCUGGAUCAACACCUGCCUCGGCUUCUCCACCAUCUUCGCUCUGUGGGCCCUUGCGAUCAUGUUUCGCCAGGCCAGGCUGCAUUUGGCAGAGCAAAACAUGGGGGCCAAGUUCGUUUGUUUCCAGGUGCUCCUCAUCCUGACUGCGCUCCAGCCCUCCAUCCUGAGCAUCCUGGCAAGCAGCAGCCAGAUCGCCUGCGCCCCGCCAUUGUCCUCCAAGACGAGGUCACAGUACAUGAGCAUGCAGUUGCUUAUCCUGGAGACCUUCAUCAUCACGGUGGUGACUAGGAUGUACUACAGAAAACAGGACGACAAGGCAGGAUACCAACCUUUCAGCCCGCCGGAUGGGGACAUUGAAAGCAAAGCCUAG